AUGAGGGACCAAAAGUCCAAUGGAAGCUCCAUGACUGAAUUCCUCCUCCUAGCAUUCUCAGACACACGGGAGCUGCAGCUCUUGCACUUCUGGCUCUUCCUGGGCAUCUACCUGGCUGCCCUCCUGGGCAAUGGGAUCAUCAUCACCACCAUCGCCUGCGACCACCACCUCCACACCCCCAUGUACUUCUUCCUCCUCAACCUCUCCCUCCUUGACCUGGGCUCCAUCUCCACCACUGUCCCUAAAUCCAUGGCCAAUUCCCUGUGGGACACCAGGGCCAUCUCCUAUAAGGGAUGUGCUGCUCAAAUUUUUGCCUUUUUCUUUCUGAUGUCAGCAGAGUACUCUCUCCUCACUGUCAUGGCCUAUGACCGCUACGUUGCCAUCUGCAAACCCCUGCACUACGGGACCCUCCUGGGCAGCAGAGCUUGUGUCCACAUGGCAGCAGCUGCCUGGGGCAGUGGGUUUCUCUAUGCUGUGCUGCACACAGCCAAUACAUUUUCUCUACCGUUCUGCCUGGGUAGUGCUGUGGACCAGUUCUUUUGUGAACUUCCCCAGAUCCUCAAGCUCUCCUGCUCAGAAUCCUACCUCAGGGAAGUUGGGCUUCUUAUAUUAAGUUCUUUUUUAGUUUUUGGCUGUUUUGUUUUCAUGGUGCUCUCCUAUGUGCAGAUCUUCAGGGUGGUGCUGAGGAUCCCCUCUCAGCAGGGGCGUCAAAAAGCUUUUUCCACCUGCCUCCCUCACCUGGCUGUGGUCUCCCUGUUUGUCAGCACGGGCAUCUUUGCCUAUGUGAAGCCCCCCUCCUUCUCCUCCCCAUCCCUGGACCUGGUGCUGGCAGUUUUGUACUCAGUGGUGCCUCCAGCAGUGAACCCCCUCAUCUACAGCAUGAGGAACAAGGAAAUCAUAGAAGCCCGGCAGAAACUAUUUGAAUACGCUCGACUUCAGAUUAAUAAGGAGCCCAUUAUCCCACUAGGGCUCCCACUGUAUCUUAGGAAAAGCCAGGUCUAA